UGCCCAUUUGCCAACUUAAUUUUUUACCUUUCAGCUGACUUGUGAAGGCUCACUAUUUGUUUCAUCUUCUCAGGGAAUGCAAACAUUUUUGUUUUGGUCUAAAUAUCAUAAUCGGUAAGGCAAAUCUAAUGAAGAACUACUAGUUAAAAAGAUAAAGAUCUUUUUUACAAGACAGCAUGUAUUGUUCUCUCUCCAUUAUAUUUGGUAAUCAAUAGUGAUUAUUCUCUCGGGUAUCUUGAGUAUUUUCAGACUGGAUUUUUCUUAUUUUCAGAUGCAGGUAUGGUAAAAAUCUAACAUCGAUAAUGGGAAAUCGUACAACAGUGACAGUGUUUAUCCUUUUAGGAUUGACGGAUGAUCCUCAAUGGAAGAUUGUACUUUUCCUUUUCCUGUUCCUUACAUAUAUAUUAAGUGUUGCUGGCAACCUGACCAUCAUCCUUCUCACCUUGUUGGACUCUCAUCUCAAGACUCCCAUGUACUUCUUCCUUCGAAAUUUUUCCCUCCUGGAAAUUUCUUAUACAACUGUCUGCAUCCCUAAAUUUCUGGUUAGUAUUGCAACUGGGGACAAAACCAUUACCUAUAAUUGUUGUGUUGCUCAGUUAUUUUUUGCCUUCCUUCUUGGGGCAUCUGAAUUUUAUCUUCUGGCUGCCAUGUCUUAUGACCGUUAUGUUGCCAUUUGUAAACCUCUGCAUUACACAACCAUUAUGAGCAGCAAAGUCUGUACCCAGCUUGUUCUUAGCUCUUGGGUAUCUGGUUUCUUGAUUAUCUUCCCAGGCCUUAUUGCAGGCCUCCAACUGGAUUUCUGUGCCUCCAAUGCCAUUGAUCAUUUCUAUUGUGACACUGCUCCCAUGUUGCAGCUCUCUUGCACAGACACAGAAUUCCUUGAGCUCCUCAGUUUCAUUUUAGCUUUAGUGACACUCUUAGUUACUUUAACACUAGUGAUUCUAUCCUAUGUCCACAUUGCCCUGACAAUCCUGAGAAUUCCAUCUGCUAGUCAGAGGAAAAAGGCAUUUUCUACCUGUUCCUCUCACAUGAUUGUCCUCUCCCUCUCCUAUGGCAGCUGCAUUUUCAUGUACAUUAAACCUUCUGCUAAGGAGAGAAUAUCUUUAACCAAAGGAAUAUCUUUACUCAAUACUUCAGUUGCCCCUCUAUUAAACCCCUUUAUUUACACCCUAAGGAACCAGCAAGUGAGGCAAGCUUUUAAGGAUGCAAUCCAGAGAGCAGCAACUUUUUCAAACAAAUAACAACAACAAAAAAAACUAAAUGGAAAAAACAUCUCUUUGUUUGCUUUCAUGGGUCAUGUUCUCUUUUUCCAAGUAUAGCAAUAUAUCUCUGUUCCUCUUAUUAACUUCUCCCAUUUUCUUUCCAACCUUUCCUAAGCUGUAGCUUUUGGUUUCUUUUCUUGGAGAAUUUCUCAAAUCCCAUCUCAUUAUAUGGAUUUCUGAAUGAAAUGGAACUCAUACUGAAAUGCUUUUUUGUUUAUUUAAUAUCCAUUUGCCAGAAUCAAUUAUUAUUUAAUAAUUAAUGUUAUGCAUAAAUCAUUAAACACAAUACAUGUGGAGUGGUGCCUUUUUACAACCUCUGAAGAACUGUUUUGGUUCUCUUUAUUCCAUCUACCAUUUUGUAUAUUUCUAUUCUUCCUGAGACAUGUAGAAGUGAAUGCUCUACAAAUAAACUACCAGCAUUAAUCUUUGCCUAAGAAAAACAAAAAAUAAAACAAAAUAACUUACCCUCUUAGUAGAUUAGAAUCUCUAAAUUCAGUGAGUGUCUCAUACCAUUUAUAAUUAGAGUUUUAGCAAUUAAUAGAAGAUACUUGUAGAGAAAUAUGAUAGAAACAGUAAAAAAAAAAUCAAAAAACCCCUCACUAUUUCACAAGUUCAUUCUUUUGCUUUGAAACUAAAUUCUAUACUCCAGUUUCUUAAUUUCUAAAAUAUAGUAACCAGUACAUUAGGGUAUUAUUUUUUAGUUAAGUGGAAUUAAUUUUAGAAAUAUAUAGGGUAAAAAGGGGAAAUUUCAUUCAGUGAAUCAGUGAAUUAGUGAAUGAGUGAAAAUACAAUUGAGAACUACCUGAAUUCAAGGUACUUAAUAAUUAAGAGACGUAAUCAGAUCGGCCUAUGCAAUCCUUCUUUUUUUUUUUUAAGCUUUAUCUUGUUAGAAUCAAUAUUGUGUAUUGGUUCCAAGGCAUAAGAGUGACAAGGCAAUGGGUAUUAAGAAAUUAAAUGGAGAUACACAGCUAAGAAGUGUCUCAGGUCAUAUUUGAACCCAUGAAUUCCCAUUUCUAGGUGUGUAUCUCAAUCCAUGGAGUCACUUUGCUGCACCCCCCCCUCUAAUCCUACCCAUUUUAAUUGCUUCAUCUGGCAGCAAUAGCACUCUGAGUGACUGAUUUUGUGAAAUCUCUUCCCUAGGGAGGGGAAAAGAAAACCCAUGAACAUAAACAUAUCCCAUGUCUCCAAAGGAGAUUUAUUAAAGCAUUUUUUUGGUCUGGAGAUAGGAUUAAAAAACUGUAAGCCUCCAUAUCUUUAUUAAGAUUGGUGUGGUUUCCAGAUUGUAGGGGAGUGACAGCACUAAAAUGACUUCCUAGCUUCCUUUUGUGAACAGGAAAAGUCUCAGCUUUCUGUGUUGAAGCCUAUUACUCUAGAGGAUUCCAGGAUAGUGAUUAGUGGAGUUAGCAUCAUUAAUAUGCAUGUUUUUCAGCUCAUAUGUUCUCUAUUCUCUUCCAAAUCCAUAACAAUCAACAGAAAAAGAGACAUGAAAACACUCCUUAUAAUUCUGUCCAGAAUUAUUACAAAAACAAGUCAAGCUGAUGAGUAUGGAAAAUAUGUGUGAAAUAUCUAUUCAUUGUUCUAUUAUGUUGGUGGGUUGGACGGUAGAAAGAAUAUUAUGAAUGGAUGUUAUGACCAAAAAAAGAUGGAUUGGUGAAAUAGCAAGAAUGAGAAAUAAAUCCAGAGAUAUAAAAGAUGUAGCAGACUAUCCAUCCUUUUCCAGAGAAGUGAGUCAAUUAAAAUUUUGAUUGAGACAUAUAUUUUAACAUGGUCUAUGUGAGAAUGUGUUUCACUAAGCUACAUAUAGUUUUUAGGAAGUUCUUUUCUUUUCUCAUUGUUAAAUUGAAGAAGAUAAAUUGGGAGGGAGACACGAACAUGCUUAUUUUUUAAAAUGUAAAAACCAAUUUUUUAAAAGAAUAAGGAAUAGUCAAUGGAUAAUAUUCUAUUUGGAAUCCAUAAAAUGCCAAGAUAUCUAAAGGAUGAUUUCUAGCAUGUUAGGUCAAACAUUUGUGGUGGUUUUAUGAGAAGACUUAGGCAAGAGUUACUCAGGAUGGGAAAGCAUAGAUGGACUAUGACUUACUUCAUAGGAAAGACAGGAGGUCUCCAAGGCAGAAGAGUGAUAAGGGCUAGGCAAUGGGGGUCAAGUGACUUGCCCAGGGUCACACAGCUGGGAAGUGUCUGAGGCCAGGUUUGAACCUAGGACAUCCCAUCUCUUGAUCACUGAAAAUCCAGUUCCAUCCUGAAAUUAAAAUCUUGGGUGCAAAAUUAUCCCUUAAUGACUAUUGUAGUCAUUAAGUUUCUCACAAGUUAGAUAAAAAAAUUAAAUGACAACUUUGAAAAUUAUAGAAGAGUUAAGUUGAGAAAGAGUUAUAUUGUAUUGUUAUUUCAAGCUUCCAAAGCAGGAAAGACAGAUUCAAGGCAAAAGUCAGCAGAGGAGAAAGGGUUGGCAAGCAGCUUUUGGAGUUCCCGUCCAAAGACAAAAAAAAAAAGCUUUCUGUGAAGAAAAAAGAGCAAAAUACACAACCAAUGGGAAAUUAUUAGAUUCAAGCAAUCACAUGGAAAAUUUCAAAAACACAAAAUGGGAAUUGAUCUCAAGUUCUGGAAGAAAUCAGUAUGGAAUUCCAAAAUAAAA